AUGGCCUUCUUGAUGCACCUGCUGGUCUGCACCUUCGGGAUGGGUUCCUGGGUGGCCAUCAAUGGGCUCUGGGUAGAGCUACCCCUACUGGUGACGGAGCUGCCUGAGGGCUGGUACCUGCCCUCCUACCUCACAGUGAUCAUCCAGCUGGCCAAUGUCAGCCCCCUCUUGGUCACCCUGCUCCAUCACUUCUUUCCUGGCUGCCUUUCCGAGGUGCCCAUCAUCUUCACCGUGCUGGUUGUGGGCACCAUUGCAUGCAUCCUCUUUGCCUUCCUCUGGAAUGUGACCUCCUGGGUGCUGGGUGGCCCCCACAGUGUCACCUUCAUGGUCCUCACCUUCCUCCUGGCCCUGGUGGACUGCACCUCUUCUGUCACCUUCCUGCCCUUCAUGAGCCGGCUGCCCACACACUACCUCACCACCUUCUUUGUGGGCGAAGGAUUCAGCGGCCUCCUGCCUGCCCUGGUGGCUCUUGCCCAAGGCUCGGGUCUUACCACCUGCGUCAACGUCACUGAGACAUCAGGCACCACCCCAAGCCCUUUGACCACCAGGAAGAUCAACAUCACACAGGGAGCUCACAGCACCCUUGUCCCUGACCUCCCUUGGACGGCAGCCCCCGUGGUCUCUCUGCAGAGCCGCUACCUCCCUGCCCACUUCUCGCCCCUGGUCUUCUUUCUCCUGCUCUCUUUCAUGAUGGCCUGCUGCCUCGUCGCUUUCUUUCUCCUCCAGCGUCAGCCCAGGCUCUGGGAAAGCUCCGUGGAAGACCUCCUCAGCUCACAGGUCACCCUGCACUCCAUCCGGCCACGGGAGGAGAAGGCGCUGGGCCCCCCAGGCCCGGUGGACGGCAGCAAGGGCCAGGGGCAUCUGGAGGAGAAAGUGGUCCGCCACCACCCAGUGUACCUGGCCUUCAUCUACGUCCUGGUGGCCUUUGUGAAUGCACUCACCAACGGCGUGCUGCCCUCAGUGCAGACCUACUCCUGCCUGUCCUACGGGCCUGUUGCCUACCACCUGUCCGCCACCCUCAGCUCCAUGGCCAACCCUCUCGCCUGCUUCCUCUCCAUGUUCCUGCCUAACAGGUCACUGCCAUUCCUGGGAGUCCUUGCGAUGCUUGGGACCGGCUUUGGGGCCUACAACAUGGCCAUGGCAGUGAUGAGCCCCUGCCCCCUCAUGCAGGGCCACUGGGGUGGAGAAGUCCUCAUCGUGAUCUCAUGGGUGCUGUUCACUGGCUGUCUGAGCUACGUCAAGGUGAUGCUGGGAGUGAUCCUGCGCGACCGUAGCCGAAGCGCCCUCUUGUGGUGCGGGGCGGCGGUGCAGCUGGGCUCGCUGCUCGGAGCCCUGCUCAUGUUCCCCCUGGUCAACGUGUUGGGGCUCUUCUCCUCCGCUGACUACUGCAGCCUGCACUGCUCUGCCUAG